CGAGCAAGCGCAAUUCGCUCUCCUUCUUGUAUCACAAUAAUCAGGGCGCUUUUGCUACGCUACUAAAGCCCUGCCUUGAUCACAGAUCUGGAGCGAGAAAACUCAAAGGCCUCACCACAAGCCGAGAGCUAGGACUGGGACUUGCCUCGCUCGCUCUAUCGGCCAUCAUCGUCGUCAUCAUCAUCGGUCUCUUUUGCUCCCUCGAGCACCACAUAUCAGCCGGCGAGCGGUGCCGUCAUCGCUGAGGUAGGGAGGGAGCCACAGCCAAGGCGCCAAUACCUAUGAGUGGUGCCUCUAGCUCCCUGGAGCACUUUGUCCGGCUGGCUGCUGCCGCCACCGCCGCUGCCGCUGCCGACACUGCUGCUGUUAGGUACUGUUGUUGCUGGCGGCGACAGUUAUAACGACACCCGACACGUGCGGCGUGCGCAACUCGCAGCAAGACAUCACUCAUCCACUCACUCACACGCCCGCUCCAACUACAAUCCAUCGUCCUCGCGGCACAUGCUCGCUUGAAAAUAAAGUUAUAUCGUGCGCAACAGUUAGCCAAAUCGACUCUGAGAUAGCAUCUGCCGUCAAUCCGCCAAGUGCUGUGCUGCACCCAGCCAGCUUGAUAUGGCUUCGAUCCUGCGGCAAAUCGUCGCCGGCCCGCGCGCGAGACACCCCGAGGCAGGGCUUGACCUCUGCUACGUUACUGAGUAUAUCAUCGCCACGUACGUAUCUGCUUGCCUUGUAUUUCUCUCGUUAAGCGUCAUGUCGGCUGUGCGACAGCGUUGUUGUACUUGUCGUCACCGGCACGCACUCGUCAACCUUUGUUCAUCAUCAUGGUCCGUUCCCAUGGCCGAGUUGCGAUGACACGACUCGGCAUCAUAUAUUCUCGGCUGUCCUUGCUAAUAGGUGAGGCAAACGCAGAUCUGGCCCGUCGCAGACGUACCCUCAGCGGGCCUACCGCAACCCCCUCGAUCAAUUGGUGAGCUUUCUCGACACCAAGCAUGGCAAGGACUGGGCCAUCUGGGAGUUUCGCGCCGAGGGCACUGGGUAUCCCGACGAGGCCGUCUACGGGCGCAUACGGCAUUACCCUUGGCCGGAUCACCACCCGCCCCCCUUCAGGCUGGUGCCCAUGAUCAUGGCGAGCAUGCGCAACUGGCUGCACGGCGGCGAGCUCGAGGGCGGGCGCGUCACCGGCGAUGGCCAGCCCGCGUGCUCAACUGCGGUCACAGCCGAGGGCAACAAGCCCAAGAGCCACGGGAAUCACCAGAGGAAAAAGGGGCGCGUCGUUGUCGUGCAUUGCAAGGCGGGCAAGGGACGCAGUGGCACGGCCACGUGCAGCUACCUCAUCUCGGAGGAAGGAUGGAGCGCAGAGGACGCGCUCGCACGCUUCACGCAGCGGCGUAUGCGGCCCCAGUUUGGCGCCGGCGUGUCGAUCCCCUCGCAGCUGCGUUGGGUGAGCUACGUCGAGCGCUGGACGCGGCACGGCAAGAAGUACGUCGACCGGCCCGUGGAGAUUAUGGAGAUUCACAUCUGGGGCCUGCGCAACGGCGUCAAGGUCGAUGUCGAGGGCUUCGUGGAAGACGGGCGCAAGAUACGCGUGUUCCACACCUUCACUAAGAAGGAGCGCGUCGUCGUCGAGGGAGGCGUCCCCGCGGGCGGCGGUUUCGGCGAGAUGAUGUGGGAGCUCGCCGGCUACCCGGCUGUUGCGACGGAUAGGGCCCCCGACAGCGCGGAGCUGGCCGAUGCGGCAAACGAUAAGGGCGGCCAGGUACCUGACCGGACGAACUCUGCUCCCGCCUCGGAGAAGAAGCGGGAGGCGCUGAUGCGCAAGGGGACCAACCUCAUCCAAAAGGUGUCGUCGUCCAACCAGGGUAGCCACCGCACAAGCUCGGAGAAGCCCAAGGCUAAGACGGGACUGGAUGGCAACACCUCGGCGUCGAAUUCUUCAGUCGACGUGCGCACCGAGCCCCCCGACGAGCACGAGCCCGGCGGCAUGGCCGUCAUCCUGAAGCCGAGCGAGCCCGUCCGCGUCCCGACGAGCGACGUCAACAUCUCGGUCGAGCGCCGCAACAAGACGCACAAGAGCAUGGGGCUCACCAUGGUCUCCGCCGUGGCGCACGUCUGGUUCAACGCCUUCUUCGAGGGCCAGGGUCCCGAGCAGGCGGGCCGGCCCGCCGAGAGCGGCGUCUUCUCCAUCGAGUGGGACGCCAUGGACGGCAUCAAGGGGUCCAGUAGAAAGGGGUCCCGCGCGCUCGACCGCGUCGCCGUCGUGUGGAGGUUCGCCGAUGGGGGUUCACCCGCCGACGCGGGCGAGGACAUUCCCGAGCCUGCAGAGGGCGAGCCCGUGCCGCAGCUCCAGGCCGCCGACUGGAAGGGCGAGACGGCCGCGACCGUCGAGCAGAGCGGCGGAGGCGACGUGGGCCAGGAGCACCAGCGGCGGGAGCGGGAGCGGGACGUGGCGCAAAAGGAUCUUGGACUGCGCAGGCAGUCCCCUGCGAGUGUCGACGUGAGCAGGGCGAGCAGCGUCAGGAGCGCCGACGGCACGACAGGUCCCGUGGCGGGCGCGGCGGCGGCGACCAAGGUAGCUGCCGCCGCGGGGGUCGGUGCCGCCGCCGGGGGCGAGGGGAGCGGCGAUGAUGAGGCGGGCUCCAUGGCUGGGGUCCGGGUCAGCGGUCCGGCAGGCGAGGAGGACUUGGGACCGAUGGGGGGCGAGAAGCCGCCAGAGGUGAAGCCAUAGGCAGCCGGACGGGCGGCAUGGCGCCAGGGGUAUAUUUCAAGUCAAGACGGCAAGACUACUACUACUACUACUCCUACAUUAGGCAGCCAGCCAGUUGUCCUGCCGUUUCAGAACAAUGGUUAUGAGUCAUGAUCAAGUCGUCA